AUCCUACUUAAAUGGAUUGGCUUGGUAUAAACUUUUUUUUUUCUUGUGUUCAUAGGGCCUUUGUUUGCACUGUUGCUACGUUUCUGCUUUUGUUAAACGUCCUACUGAGCUCAGCCCACUUAACGUAAUUCUUUUUGUUCAGAAGACUGAAGGCGCUCGUUACCAAGCAGCAAUUUUAUGUGUUGUGUCUGUAUCUACCCUUGUGCCACUGUCGGAUACUUUCUCCUGAGGCAGUACAACAAGUCCAACUUCAAACUCUGUGGAUUUACAUUUGCACGUCUGUAGAAGUAAGUGACAGGUCAGGAGAUAUCUCCAGGAAAUUCAAGAUGCCUAAUUUUUGUUAAUCAACAAAUCAAAAUGGCUCCCCAGAGUUUGUUGCAUCCACUGUCCUCAUUCUGCUUUGAGGAAAAAACCAAAUUCUCUGCCAGUCAGAAUCUGUCUUUUGCAAGAAGCAAAUGGUUCGCACUCCCCGAGACUCAGAGCCAAAGCGACGUGGGGAGCAUCAAGCCACCAGAUUUCUCUCUUAAACUGUACAGAUCUGUGUCAGUUCCUCAAAAGAAAGAAAAAAGAAAGACACAUUCAAAUCUAACUGUGCCUCAACCUUAUGAAACAAAGAGGAGAACUGGAGUUUUUCUACCAGAGGUUUUACAUGAGAAGUACCACAGUGAAGACCCUCCAAAGUUCACCACAUCACACCGGCCUCCUGAUGCUCAGGAAUAUGAGCUGACUUUUGUCAAGACAGGGAAGUACCCUUCUGGACCUUACAAGAACCCCAAACCACAUAACUUCAGACCGGUAAGUCUUAAUGAGGACCUUCCAGGAAUAGUUACUACAUAUGAGAGAGAUCCUGUUCGGACCACUAGAUGCCAGUCAGAUUUUAAUUCAAGGUCCACCAAGACCAAGAUGGACACCUAUAAACCUGCAGAGCCAAGAUGGGAUGCAAGGCUCAUACUUCCUCAGCCGCUCUGGCCUCCAAAAUCAGCGUCCUAUUCUAGACACAGACGAAGAAGAGGAGCAUACAGCGCAUUCUUGGACCGUGUGGAGGAGAAACUCUCAAGAUCGUGGAAAAAUUGCUAAAUCAUGACUCUCUCCUUUCAAAUCCAUUUUUUAAAUGUUAUUUUUAUAUUUGAAUUUCUUUGUUCAGCUCUUUCCUUAAACUGUAUAAUGUGGAAAAUUAAAUUAAUUAGUUUAAGUAUUGAAUACACAUACAAUUCUAACAGACAAUGAGCAUAAAACAAAAUAAAUGUGACUAGUUUUUAUUGUUGUGUCUACUGUAUAGUUUUAAAGACUAAUUCAAUUAUAAUGUAUGUUUUUGUACAUUUACUACAAUUCAAAUUUAUUAAUUCAUUACUAACAGAUAUUUUCCAAAGCUUAUUGUGUUUUUUCUUUAAUUUUGAAUGUGUUCCAGGCAGCUACAAAGUUUGAAUUAGUUUCAAUGCAAUUUAAAGGGAGCACAUGUGAAAAUCAUCUCAACUGUAAAAGUUGCAGUAUGUUAUUGUUGAGUUGUAAAAAAGCUGAGAGCACCAAGUGAACUGAAAAGGACUGAACAUAUCUGACAUAUUCAGAGAUUAUUAUUGUUUUAAUCUUAUGGCCGAAGACCAGCAGUGGCUGCGGUGUCAUGAAGGUCAUCGCACCACAUUGUGUUGUGAAGCCCACUGCUGCACUGACAGCUGCUCAUUCGGUAUCCCAAGAAUUAUAAACACGUGAAGCCUGCACAUGUUUGAAGUACAUCUGAAUGAGCUGAACAUACAUGUUUAAUGAGUCAUCUGUGACUCUGUGCAUAACUCGGAGACUAAAUAUAAAAUGAAAAGAAUAUCAGUCACAUUAAACCACAUGACCCACAGGCUGCCAUGUGUUUUCUUAUUUUAAUCCCUUGUUAUCCUUUCCAAUAGUGAAUAAUGUAAUGAAAUGGAGAUUAAAAAAAGCAUAUUGCAGCAUGGCUAAUAAAUAUUCUACUUACUAGUUGUGUAGUUCUUUACAGG